CAAACUAAUCGCAAAAACUCUGCAACGAAACCAAACUCAUUCUCGGAUUCCAACUCCAAAACAGCAUUCUGAUCUCUCUAUUUCUUCUUCUUCCUCCCUCUAGGUAUUUGAUUUCUUACUUCAAUGUCUAAGAUGAGGUCUGAUCGCAGGCCGCCGCUCGCCAGAUCUCGCCAGGUUCUUCAAUCGAAUUCAACAGCCUCGUUGCAAACGCCGCCCGGUUCUUUGACAAAAUCGCUGAAAACGAACCGUCCUUCGGAUCUGCAAGCAUCGGAGCUCCGACCUGAGUAUCGGACGAUUACUUGCGAAUUACAGGCUCUGGCUAGCAUGGUUAGGAUGGAAUUAGGAUGUGAAGAGUCUGGAACUGGCGGAGUAGGUGAUGAAUUAGGCGUGAAUUCGAGUACUCUGUUCGAGCGAGGGAGAUUCUACGAUGAGUAUUCCGCGAGGAGGAACGAGAGGCUCAAGCGAAAGAAAGCCGAAUCCGUAGCCGAGAUCAAGACUCCGUAUAAACUCGGUGUGACGGUUGAAUCUUCAAAGCGGCACAGUUCAAAGAAGGUUGUUAAUAGCUUGAGGAAAUCGGUUUCUGCGGCGUAUUCUGUGGAGCGGAAGGAGGCGGCUCCUAGGUAUUUGCUGCGGAGCAUGACGAAGGAAAACAAGAAGCCACCAUUAGCGGUGGAUCUAGAGAGAUCUGUGAUUACUGCAGGAGAAAGAAAAAUCGGCACUCGAGGAGUCAGAAGAAUCUGAAGAAUUAGGGAUCAGAUCUGUGCGUCAGGCUUGUGUAUGUUUGGUCUGCUGAAGAAAUUUCCAAUUCGGAAAAAUCUGAACAAGUUUCUAUCUCUCAACCACACUUCGCCAGGAGAGAGGCAUAUAGAACACACUAACUUUUAGGGCUCCUUCUUACAGAUUCUGCGAAUUCUACCAAGUUUUUGUCAUUUCUUUUCGCUUUUUUAUAUGAAAGAUAGCACUGGAAUAGACACAGAAAAUCCUACAAAUUGUAUGUAUUGAAUGAGAUCGGUCUUGAAUGUGAAUUCAUCAUUUCUAUGUC